CCUGAGAAAGAAGAUUACAAAGACAACAAUUCACUGAGUGGGAAACACAUGACAUUAACGUCGGUCGGCACAAGAAAGGGAAGGCUGACGGACGGACGGACGGACGUGGGGAGCCAGAGGCUGGACGACACCGCACGGCACGGCACGGCAACGUCAGCCGAGCGGCGACUACAGGAGCCAAGGUUGUGUGUGUGUGUGGAGAUAUUUGGAGUUGGAGGACGAGGAGGACUCCGACACUUGUCCGAUCCCAGGAGAAACACUGAAACUCCUUCACUCCCGGAGCCUUAAACACUGACACAAGUCAACAGACGCAUUGUUACGUACACAGUGAAGCACACGAGCAAAUAUGAGCGAAGACAAACCAGCUGAGAGCGGGGAAACUGCCCACGCCGACGCCAACACUAUCCCUAACGGGAGAGGCCACGAGCCUGGUGAGGAGAUCACAGCGCUGGCCAAAACUCCAGCGGCAGACGACAGUCAAAAAGAAACUGAACCCAACAGUGCCCAGAAUGCAAGUCCACACAAAGCUGAGAAUGCUGAGGCCGACAGCCAGGACUUCUUAUCAGGCUCAGAUGAGAAGAAGGCGACGCGCUUCACAGACUUUGAAGGGAAAACCUCGUUUGGGAUGUCAGUCUUCAACCUGGGCAACGCCAUCAUGGGGAGUGGGAUCCUCGGGCUGGCCUACGCCAUGGCUAACACAGGGGUCGUCCUGUUUUUGAUACUCCUCACAGUGGUGGCCGUCCUCUCCUCAUAUUCCAUCCAUUUGCUGCUAAAGUCGUCUGGUAUCGUAGGUAUACGUGCGUAUGAGCAGCUCGGUUACAGGGCCUUUGGGACCCCGGGGAAGAUGGCCGCCGGCAUCGCCAUCACACUGCAGAACAUUGGAGCCAUGUCCAGUUACCUGUACAUCGUCAAGUAUGAGUUUCCUCUGGUCAUCCAGGCCUUUCUGAAGGUGGAUAAUCCCGCAGGCGAAUGGUUCCUGAACGGAAACUACCUUGUGAUCAUCGUGUCUGUCGCAGUCAUUUUACCUCUGGCUCUGAUGAAGCAGCUCGGGUACCUGGGAUAUUCCAGUGGCUUCUCUCUGACCUGCAUGGUUUUCUUUCUCAUUUCGGUCAUCUAUAAGAAGUUCAACACGCCGUGUCCGUUUGUGGACUUCUCCUUCAAUGCGAGCGCCAGCGUCGUCAAUAUCACUGCGAUGGAGCCCGGCGGGGAGACCAAUCCCGCUUGUAUCCCCAAAAUGGCCAAUCUGAACUCACAGACGGCCUACACCAUCCCCAUCCUGGCGUUCGCCUUUGUGUGCCACCCCGAGGUCCUGCCCAUCUACACAGAGCUGCGCAAUCCCACCAAGAAAAAGAUGCAGCAUGUGUCCAACAUCUCCAUCGCAGUCAUGUACGUCAUGUACUUCCUGGCUGCACUUUUUGGAUACCUAACGUUCUAUGGUGAAGUGGAGGCGGAGCUGCUUCACACCUACAGCCGCAUCGAUCCGUACGACACGCUGAUCCUGUGCGUGCGCGUGGCCGUGCUCACCGCCGUCACACUCACUGUGCCCAUCGUGCUCUUCCCCGUACGGAGAGCAAUUCAGCAGAUGUUGUUCCCCAACAAGACGUUCUACUGGCCUCGCCACAUCGCCAUCGCCGCCGUUCUGCUCACCUUCAUCAACCUGCUCGUCAUCUUUGCUCCGAACAUCCUGGGCAUCUUUGGGAUCAUCGGUGCCACGUCUGCCCCGUGUCUCAUCUUCAUUUUCCCCGCCGUCUUCUACAUCCGUAUUGUUCCCAAAGAAGAGGAGCCGAUGCGCUCGGUGCCCAAAAUUCUGGCUGCCUGUUUUGCAGGGAUUGGCUUCCUGUUCAUGAUCAUGAGUCUGAGCUUCAUCAUUAUUGACUGGACGUCGGGCAGCAGUAAAGCCAGCAGCGGUCACUAGACUCUUCAGGUUUUGUAUUGUUGAUUUAGACCUGUGUGUUGUAAUGUUACUGGUUUUGAUUUCUUUGGUUUUUGCUGUUGUUGGAUAAUGUUUGACGUUAAAGACGCCCCCCGUGUGUUCCAUCAGAGAUUAUUGGCCUUAGAGGAGGAGGAGGAGGAGGAGGAGGAGGAGUCUCACUCUAAUGAUAUCACAUUUUACUGCACAUCCUGUCAGACAAUGCACAUGCACGUCAGCAGACUUUUCUUGAAAGUGAAUUAACUGCAUAAAGAUUGAUGUCGACACUUGUAGGCCGCGCCUUGUGAGGUGGAUAUAACAACACAAUUAUUACACUGUAGGACGCUGCUGCUGCUGCUGCUGCUGCUG